AUUAACUCAAAUCUUCAAUUUCAAUCAGUGGCAAUUGGAGUUCAUGCUUUAGAAAAGAAUCACACGUCUGAAUACUUAAAUGAUGUAUUAGAUGAAUUGUGUGAUAAAUGGGAAAUUAACAAAUACAAAGUGACUGCUGUGGUCACAGAUAACGGUGCAAAUAUUGUAAGAACUGUCAUUAAUUCAUUUGGAUUACGAAAACAUUUA